CCCUUCCCCAUUACACUAACCAGCGCCAUCAAUACAAUACAAAGCCCACAUUUCCCACUUCUCUGUUAAUUUCCCACCUCCCCUGUUCCAUCCUCUGUUCUUCCCCCGACCAUGCUCCUCCUCAUCUCCCUCCUCUUCUCUGCCCUGCAGCACACAGCCGUCUCCGCCCACUGCACCACAGUCGCCGGCGACACAACAUUCCAAAAAUGCAUGACACUGCCCACCCAACAAGCAUCCAUAGCCUGGACAUUCCACCCUCACAACGCCACUCUGCACCUCGUCUUCUUCGGCACCUUCAUUUCCCCUUCCGGCUGGGUCGCCUGGGGCAUAAACCCUGCUUCCCCCGAAAUGACAGGAACCCGCGCUCUAAUUGCCUUCUCCGAUCCCAACUCCGGCCAGGUCGUCGUCCUCCCUUACCUCCUUGACCCCACCGUCAAACUCCAAAAAACACCUCUCCUCUCCCGCCCCCUCGACCUCCACCUCCUCUCCUCCUCCGCCACCAUGUACGGCGGCCGCCUCGCCUCCGUCCACAACGGCGCCGAAGUCCAAAUCUUCGCCACGUUGAAGCUAGCCCAUAACAACACCAAAAUCAACUGCGUCUGGAACAGGGGUCUCUACGUGCAGGGCUACUCCCCAACCAUCCAUCCCACCACCAUCAGCGACCUUUCUUCGAUUGCCACCAUCGAUGUCUUGUCCGGCGCUGGAGCCGCCGGGCACAGUAACAUCGACGCCUUGAAGACGGCUCACGGAAUCAUAAACGCCGUCUCGUGGGGGCUUUUGCUGCCGAUUGGGGCGGUGACCGCGCGCUACCUUCGCCAUGUACAGGCUUUGAGCCCUACGUGGUUUUACGCGCACGCAGUGACUCAAUUGUUUGGGUUUUUCUUGGGGACAGUGGGAUUCGCCAUGGGAGUCCGGUUGGGGGAGUUGUCGCCGGGACGGGCUUAUGGGCUUCACCGGAAAUUGGGUUUUGCGGCGUUCUGUUUGGGGAGUCUGCAGACGCUGGCUCUGCUGUUCAGGCCGAAGACUACGAACAAGUUCAGGAAGUAUUGGAAAUCAUACCACCAUUUUGUAGGGUAUGGGUGCGUGGUGUUGGGGGUGGUAAAUUGUUUUCAGGGAUUUGAGGUGAUGGGGGCGAGCAGGUCUUACGCCAAGUUGGGUUACUGCUUGAGUCUGUCUACGCUGAUCGGCGUUUGUAUAGCUUUGGAGUUCAACAGUUGGGUGAUUUUUUGUAGGAAGGCGAAGGAAGAGCAGCUGAGGAGAGAGGGUCUAAUAGGGGGAUCUGAGAAAGGGAGUGGCAGCCAUGGCAGCCACUGUUGAAUCUAUUAAUUAAUGUUUUGGAAAGCUAUAGAAUCGUCGUUCAAAAAAGCAAAAAAAAACACGUUUGAGAGCUUGUCAA